AUGAUGAUGCGGACCCUGUUUGCGGCGAGGAGGUCUCUCUCUGCUUCUUCUUCUCUUCUACAGCGAGCUUCCUUCUCCUCGUCGCUUCUCUUCGACGAGACCCAGUUGCAGUUCAAAGAAAGUGUUAAUCAGUUUGCACAGGAGAACAUUGCUCCUCAUGCAUCUAAGAUAGACCACACCAACUAUUUCCCAAAGGAUGUUAACUUGUGGAAACUAAUGGGAGACUUUAAUCUGCUUGGAAUUACUGCACCAGAGGAAUAUGGAGGCCUUGGGCUAGGCUACCUGUACCACUGCAUUGCAAUGGAAGAACUUAGCCGAGCUUCAGGAUCUGUUGGUCUUUCCUAUGGUGCCCACUCCAACUUGUGCCUUAAUCAGUUGGUGCGAAACGGAAAUCCUGAUCAGAAAGAGAAGUACUUGCCAAAGCUAAUCAGUGGGGAGCACAUAGGAGCACUUGCAAUGAGUGAACCCAAUGCUGGCUCUGAUGUUGUUAGCAUGAAAUGCAAAGCUGAGCGCGUUGAUGGUGGCUAUGUCUUAAAUGGAAAUAAAAUGUGGUGCACAAAUGGUCCAGUCGCUCAAACAUUGAUUGUAUAUGCGAAGACAGAUAUUACAGCUGGCUCAAAAGGAAUCACAGCCUUCAUCAUUGAGAAGGGAAUGCCUGGAUUCAGUACAGCCCAGAAAUUGGAUAAACUUGGUAUGCGGGGGAGUGAUACGUGUGAGCUUGUCUUUGAGAACUGUUUUGUCCCUCAAGAAAAUGUGCUUGGCCAAGAAGGAAAAGGGGUUUAUGUCAUGAUGUCAGGGCUGGAUUUGGAAAGACUAGUCUUGGCUGGCGGGCCUCUUGGUAUAAUGCAGGCAUGCCUUGACGAGGUUCUUCCUUAUGUCCGACAAAGGGAGCAAUUUGGCCGUCCAAUCGGUGAAUUUCAGUUUAUACAGGGCAAAGUUGCUGACAUGUAUACUUCGUUACAAUCGUCAAGGGCUUAUGUAUACUCUGUCGCAAGGGACUGCGAUAAUGGAAAAGUUGACCCCAAGGACUGCGCCGGAGUCAUACUAACCUCUGCCGAAAGAGCUACCCAGGUUGCUCUACAGGCAAUACAAUGUUUGGGUGGUAAUGGAUACAUAAACGAGUACCCGACUGGCCGUCUUCUUCGUGAUGCCAAACUGUACGAGAUCGGUGCUGGAACUAGCGAGAUUAGAAGAAUGAUUAUUGGCCGUGAACUAUUCAAGCAGUGA